UCUGUUUGUUUGUUUGUUUGUUUGUUUAGCAGUUCUUAGUUCAUUUAAAACUUCAUUGUUUUGUCAUAAGUUACGUGGAGUGUCACUGUGAAUGAGCUGCUUUUUGACCCGAUGUUCCAACAGAUAAGCAAAUAGUUCCUCGGAGAUACACAAGAGAGCCGAUUGUUCAAGUCCAUAUCUGAUGAUCAGACUUCCUGUCCUGUCUGAUGGAAUUUCCUCUAAUAAGAGUUUGUUUGAGAUUUUAUUAGCAUGAACGUCACCUGCGAGAACAUCAUCAUCAUCAUCAUAAGCAGAGCACUCGAAUCAUCGAAUGUAAUAAAUAUCCUUUUUACUGGGUCUUGACUGUGAUAUCUACACUUAAUGAUCUGUCCAUUCUGUCCUCUGUUUGUGAUCCAUCCAAUCAAAUUCUUCACAAGUUUAAAACAUUAUUUUUUUUGUUCUUUACAAGAUGCUGAUGCUUUAUUUACUUUAUAUUUUCUGUAUCCUCUGUUGGUUUUAUUUCUUGUAUUAUGCCAUUAGGUUAUUUUAAUUUUAUUUGAUCGUUGAUCCUGGGGAUAAUUAGAUCUUUAGAUAUUUAUUUAUUACUCUUACAUUAGCACGCUAUAAGUAAUAGGUGUUGGUUAUGUAACAUUUUCACUGUGCGAUUGAAGUCUUCAUAAACAAUAUAUAUAAUAGAAAGUUUUUUUUAUUCAUCCUUCUUUUUGAAAGUGUUGAACUGGCUAAAGCUAAAUGUAUAAUACUGAAUCCCAACAUGGCUUUCACUCCUUCUACAAAACCAGAGAUAAAAUAUUUACAGUCCUAUUUUAUUUGCUCCUUCUGUUUAGGUCUAAACCUGCACUAGUUUAUUUACCAGAAAUGUUUACUGUCCUGAUGAUUGGUGAGCUGAGUGAGUUCCUGCCCACAGGUGAAGGAGACCUGGGUGGUGCCCUGUGAUAUAAGUGACCCCUUAUACACAUCCAGCAGCAGAGAACAUUCGAUCUCGGGCUCACACACAUCCAGCAGCAGAGAACAUCAGAUCUCGGGCUCACACACAUCCAGCAGCAGAGAACAUCAGAUCUCGGGCUCACACACAUCCAGCAGCAGCUUGUGACACCAUGAAGCUCAUCGUCUUCUCCAGCAUGAAGCUCCUGAUCAUUGCACUGUGUGUGGUCAUGACUUCUCAGUCAGCAGCAGAGGUAACUACCGUCCUAUCUACCCCAGAGGUAAACACCUCCACAACCACCUCCGCAACUACCGUCUGGACCCCCAUCUCCACAUCUAACAUCUCCACCCCCACCCCCACCUCCGCAACUACCGUCUUCACCCCCACCUCCACAUCUAACAUCUCCACCCCCACCCCCACCUCCGCAACUACCGUCUUCACCCCCACCUCCACAUUUAACAUCACCCCCACCUCCACAUUUAACAUCUCCACUGCAACCACCAACACCAAACCAUUCAAUUCCACCAUAUCUCUGAACACAACUGGAAAAGGCAUGAGUCUGCACACCGGUGUGUCACCUGAUGUCCUGUUGGCUCAGUUAUCUGUCAUUUUGAUUGUGGUAAUGAGCGCCACCUAAAGGCCAGUAAAAAAAUACACUCUGUUUUUCUUAUCUGUUUUUAAAAAUCAUUGUUAAAUGU